AAGCCGGCAAGCUGUGUUGCAGCAGCCAGCAGUGGUAAAGACUUUCGCGUUGCAUACCAGUUCGCUCAGUUAAUUCAGUCAUACAGGUGUGGCGAUAAAAACACGUUUUAAACAAUAUUUUAUCGUGGAUGUGGAAGAAAGCAAGUUCUCCUGAGGAUCCCAUGUGUGACACGUGACAAGGAAUCACAUUCGACCCGUUAUACUGCUUCGAAAUAAUUAUAUUAAAAUUGUGGGACGUAAUUUGUGAUAAUAGUGGAAUCCUAGUCAACAUGUUUGCUCGUCUUUGCCAGCAUCACGUCACAGGGGGCGUUAAGCGACGACACUCCUGGAGCAGCGACUCCGACUUCCAGCUGCCGGAGAGGUCGCUGGACAGUGAGGGAGAGCAGUCACCGAGCACCUGGUAUAUCCAGGAAUUGAAUGGAGUCUGGUUGGCUGUUCCCGACUUGGUGGGCCCAUGUCGCGACCUGGAUGCUGUUGCUGACCUAAGUGGCAGCGCGGGUGAGGAGGAAGAGGACGACGAAGACGAGGAGGAGGAGGAGGAGGAGGAGGAGGACAUGGGUCAGAGGUCAUCCUCUCUCCUGGCGGCUCGAACUCGUCCCAAAAUCUCUCUUACGUGGGUGCUAAGAGGCGACCGUCAAAGCAGCUCAGCUGCAACCACAAACACAGCUCCUGGAGUCGAUACUUCUCCUUCAGCUGCUACCGAUGCGCCGCCACCGACGUCUACGACAAUUAGCACCAAUAAUAACACCAUAGAGAAUCCUGUAACCAAAUGCAACGCUAAACCAAAUGAUUGUAUCAAUAAUAAAGUGAGCAGUGAGGAGAGUAAAAACAAUAAUAAAAGUGUUGGUGCGAUCACAACCAGGACUUCGUCGGAACCGUCUUUAUUGACAGCGAACAGCGAAAGUGGCAGGAGUGGACGAUCGCAUCGUGACAAGAACCGACAUCGCCGCAAUCGCAUUCCAAGGCACAAGACCGAGAAACAGAGACGACAUUGUCGUUUUGGUUACGAAAUUCAGGAUGUGGAUGCGUUUCUGACUAAGGCGUCACUUGAGAAACCAGCGAACAUCCCAGUGGUUCUUGCAUUUCCGUGCGUGCUGUAUCAGACGCGCAUCGGUGGUUAUCAGGAGGAAUUUUCCCUGCCCCUUGGAAUGGUUGUAAACGCCGUCUUUAAGAAUCAGGCGUGGCUGUACGUCCAGACGCCUCACGGCGAGGAGGGCUACGUAAGUUACGCUGUGUGUCUUCCAUUAGGAAUACUUCCACCACCGCAGCGAGCAUCCAAACCACCGCCAUGUUGGGAAACACACACAGAUAUCUUCCCACAGCCACUCGGAAAUCGUACAGACAGUGAGAAAAUCCGAGAGGGCACAAGAUCAGAAUGCGGAGGCCGUGGGCGUUGCUAUAGUCAUGUGGGAAGACGCGGACGCUAUGGCGGGGAAAGAGACGCGGUGUCUGCAUGCGGGGAACGAAGUGUAGACCGUCUGUACCUCAGGGCUGCAGCAAGUGCCAAAUGUAAAGGUACUACGAGACACACACUGCUUGUAAUCAGAUCUGAUUACAACAGCAAAGGACGAAACACGCUUUCUGUUGCAAAGGGAGAUGUUGUAGCACUUGUGAGCGGACACCUCAAGGAUUGGUUCUGGGUGCGAAGUAGAGACGGUAGUGAGGGAUUUAUACCUUCUGUUGUGGCUGGACAUGGCUUCCUCUGACAAAGAAGAUCGCUGAAAGAUUCGAGGUUCCCGUGGACGCGAAGAUGUUGAUUACGGUCGUCUGGGUAGUAAUGUCAUGUAGUCUUGUAGGUGGUCAUCAUUGUUUUCGAGGAAUCUGUGGCCUCAGUCUUCAGGGCUGUUUCAAAUUUUUUGGAAAUGAUACCUCCGGAACAUUGAUAACCACCUACAAGCAAACCAGCAUUACACCCCAUAAGAUCACACUUGACAGAUUACCUGAAGCUAUGAUCAGUGCAACAUACUUAAUUUAAUUAUGACAAAAACAUUCUGGUUCAUUUUGAAAAUGUGAAAGAACACCAAGAUCCAUACUGUUUUUAUAACUCUUAACAGGGGGCAAGAAUCCCCUUAUUUUUUCAGUCAUAUAUGCAGCAAGAAAUAUCCGUAAUUUGAGUUUACUGAAGUUGUCAUGAUUCCACGUAAUAAUCGGAGUGUGAUGAGCUGAUGUACUUCGUGACUACUGAAAUGGUACAGGUUUAUGUACUUCUUAAAACAGCAGUGACCACAAGACAUCUUUGGCUUUAAAGGCCCACGGCAGUGGCAGCACUAGUUGGACCAUCGUAGACUUUAAGACACGGCGUGCAUCGCAUCAUGUAACAUGGCUUCCUGAUCGUCGUAUUUCGGUUCUAAUCCACUAAAAUAAUGCCAGCGAACUCUAGAAGAAUGGCCAUAUAACCGUUAUAAAUGUUUUUGUCAAAAGGGCCAUUUGAUUCUCUUUUAUAAAUAUUUUUACGCGGCGAUCCUUUAAAACUAACAAACGACCUCCUUAGUUUAGGCUGUACUUUGUAACAUUGAAAUAAAAACUGAAUACAAGGCUGCAAAGUA